CACACCAGCUAGCUCUCCAGAGCCCAGUCAGUUUGGCGAUAUCCUGCUCUUUCAACAAGGCAGGCUGUCUCUGUCUGCUCCUCCGUGUGCUUCCCUAUGGAACUCCAGUUUUAUUAUUACUUUUUUUGACCCGAAAGCAGCUCCUUCCUUUCCUGUUCCUCAGAUUCUCGGACUUCUGUUUCUUUCCCCCUUUUUCCCUCCUGCUUGGAUUCUAAGUGCCCUGCUCCUUUUGCCCGGUUCACCUCUCUUUUCGGUCUGCAUUCCACCCUCUCCUUCUCCCUUCCAUCUUUUUUCCCCUCCUUUGUUCCUCUUCUCUUUUCUGCUGCGUCUGGCUAUGCACUAUGCUCUCCUCCCCUACUGUGAUUCUUCAGCCGUAUGGACUCCCCGUCUACCCUCAGACGGCCUCCUGCUACCCAGGCAUUGUACAGGGUACCCCCACCCAGGAGGUGGGUCCAACCAGUGGUGACCCCACCCUCCCCCAGGUGUAUGCUCCGCCCCCAUCCUACCCUCCUCCUGGACAGGCUCCACCCACUCCUGCUGGCAGGCUCCCGCCCCUGGACUUUAGUCCCGCCCACCCCAGCGCGGACUACCAGGAGCACCACCAGCUCCGCGUGUUCCAGAGCUCCCAGCACGAGGUCCCAGACUCACUCUCAGCCAAUGGCGCGGAUGACUCCUUGGCUCCAGUGACCUCUGACCCUCAGUCUCUGAGCGUGUCCGUGUCAUCGGGGGGCGGAGCAGGAAGUGGGAGUGAGGAGGAGGGGUCUGGCAAAGCCCAGCCCAAACGGCUGCACGUCUCCAACAUCCCCUUCCGCUUCCGCGACCCGGACCUGCGCCAGAUGUUUGGGCAAUUUGGCAAAAUCCUGGAUGUGGAGAUCAUCUUUAACGAGAGAGGAUCCAAGGGCUUUGGGUUUGUGACCUUUGAGAGCGCUAUGGAAGCAGAUCGAGCGCGGGAGAAACUCAACGGAACCAUCGUUGAGGGGCGGAAGAUCGAGGUGAACAACGCUACAGCCAGAGUUGUCACCAAGAAGCCCCAGACUCCAAUGGUGAAUGACAGGCCAGACGAGAGAGUGCCAGGGUGGGAGCAGGAUAUGACCCAGGCUGGACUUGAACCCGGGUCCCCGUGGGCAUGUGGACCCGAAUAUGCCACGGGCUGGAAGAUCAACCCGAUGAUGGGAGCCAUGUAUGGGAUGGGUGGCCCAGAGCUCUACACAGUUGCCAGUUUCCCCUACCCCGUGCCCACACCCACUUUGGCAUACAGAGGCCCCACCCUAAGGGGCCGCGGCCGAGCGGUCUACAACACCAUUCGCUCAGCUGCGGCAGCCACACCCACUGCUGUGCCAGGCUAUCCAGGGGUAGUGUAUCAGGACGGGCUGUAUGGAACCGAAGUUUAUGGAGGCUAUCCUGCUGCAGCAUACAGAGUGGCUCAAUCUGCCUCUGCAGCCACCACAGCUGCCUACAGUGAUGGGUAUGGACGUGUGUACGCCUCAACCACAGACCCCUAUCACCAUUCAGUCGGACCAACAGCAACUUAUGGAGUUGGAACCAUGGCAAGCCUGUACAGAGGAGGCUACAACCGUUUCACUCCCUACUGAGUGCCCAGGCAGCCCCGCGCGCGUUUAGGCCUGCCUUUAUGUCGCGGCGCAACCAACAACAGGUGCUGAAAGUGUGUGCUGGAAAUGGCGGUGUAUUUGCCUCUGUAACCCCCCCCCCCCUCCCCUCCCCUCCCCUCCCCUCAAAAAAAAAAAAAAAAGACUCUAAUGUGACUGUACAUACUGUAGGGAAAUUGAAAAGUAUUUAUUGUAGUACCAAAGAAAGGGUGAUGACAUUAUUUAUGACUAAGGAUAAUUAUUUAAUUAAAACAGAACUUUGGAAGAUCUGUGUUUGAUAGGGGCGUCCUAAAUACUCCAAUCCCUCCAUAGCCCGUAGAUCACUGUUUGGCUCAAGCUGAGGGGCAAGCUCUACUUCUCUACAGGCAUUAGGUAGACACAACCUGACAGGGCUUCAUUUUGUACAGUUUGUUUUUAAGACACAGUUCUCCCCUCCAAGAGCCAAACACUAUAGGAUAAUGCAUUUUAUACAACCUUAAAAGAUCAAGUUAUUUUUGAUGAUUGUCUUUCUUUUGACAUGUUUAGGGCACUGUUUGUGUGUUAUACGGGUGGGUUUGUUGUCAUUGUGUGUGUGUGUGUGUGUGUGUGUGUGAGUGUGUGUGUGUGUGUGUGUGUGAUUGUGUGUUUGUGUGUGAAAUGACAAAGCGCUCAGAAAAUGACAAACUGUGAGAUACAGCAACUGCACAGGUGCAGAGGAAGUGUGUGAAACACACACCUCAGACGAACUCUGUAAAUCUACCUCUGAUUUAAACUGUUGUUGUUCACGCCUCAACAUAGUGCUGUUUUUACACUCAUCUUGUAUUUGUAGUUCAGCCAAGCAACAAGCUUUUAAAAAUAUGCUGAGAGGCUGUGGGUUCCUAAGUGCAAUAUUUUAAAUGGCUGUUGGGUGCCAAGCAAAUGUCACUAACUUUUCUCGUUGGUGUCAAGACUAUACUGCUAUCGUUUAUUUCUAUUUCUGUUUAUUUUUCUUUAAUUCUUUCUUUCCUUCUGUGCACUUCUUUCUGCUUUGUCAUACUUCAUCCCCCUUUUUCUCUCCAAAUAGCAGUUGAUGCAGGAACAGAUGAGGUUCAGUUCCAAAUAGCAAUCAUUAUAAAUAGCAAUCAUUCAACCUUAUUUUCAAACAUGGCUUCCCUUGCUUUGAGUUUACUGCGACCAUUACAAACAACACAAAUGAUCUGAGGAGAUAGUUCUCGAUGAACAAACAUUGAAGCCGGACGAAUGGUUACAGUUUAAACUAACAAAAAAUUUGAAAUAUUCACACAAAAAUGUGAAGACAUUUUUCAAAAGAAAUAUGAAAAAUGAAAACAAAACACAUUUGCCUCAUUAUAUAAACUCUGAGCACACCUCUGCUGGCGGUAUGGUAUGUCCAUGCUGGGUCAGCUGAACCCGUAUCUGUUCUGUAGCUGACUGCUGUUUGGACACUGUACAUACUUCAAUGUGUUUGACUCUGCUGUUUAUUUCUCUCAAUAAAACCUCCUUUUGUCAUCCUA